CCUCCCAUUGGCCCCGACUGAGCCAGUGGGUGGAUGAGUUCGAGGUGGGGGGGAGAGGGGAGGCGGUAGUGCUGGUUUUAAAAAAAGUAGCUCGCCGCACACAGGAGGAGCCAUUUCUCAGGUCACACAGGUGCGUGUGUGUAGAGGACUGGGACACGACCAUCACAGGUCACAGAAGCGGAUCGUCAGAUCUCCGACUCGGCUGCCCGAAGCACACGAAACAGCCAUUUUGCCAAUCCACUGCUGGGUGACGGAAUCCCCGGACUGGUGCGGAUCGCGAGGGAGCUGAAAGAGAAUCUAGAGGAGCUGGGAGGACACGAGAUAAAGAGUGAGGGAGAGCGAAAGAGAGGAGGAAGAGCGGAACGGCGGCGGCGGCAGCAGCAGCAUCGGAGACAGAGCGGCAAGGAGAAAUCGCGAGAGCCAGGCUGGUGCAGAGACAAGAGUGUCGGGGAGCCACCAUGAGUUCGAAGGCAAAGCUCGUUUACUUUAAUGGACGUGGACGCAUGGAGUCCAUUCGAUGGGUGCUGGCUGCCGCUGGCAUCGAGUUUGAAGAGGAGUUUCUGAAGACGAAAGAUGAAUAUCAGAAACUGCUCAAAGACGGCGUUCUGCUGUACGAGCAGCUGCCCAUGGUGGAGAUGGACGGCAUGCACCUAGUGCAAACUCGUGCCAUCAUCAACUACGUCGCUGACAAGGCUGGCCUGCAGCCCAGGGAUGCACGCCAGAGAGCACAUGUAGACAUGUACGUGGAGGGCAUGCGAGACCUGGGGGAACUCAUGUUGCCCCUCGCCUUCUUGAAGCCGGAGGAAUUCGAGCAGAGGCUGAAACAGGUGGAGGAUAAAGCCUCCAAGCGCUACCUGCCCGUCUACGAGAAGGCACUCGGCGAUGGUGGUGGUGGAGGCUUCCUGGUGGGCACCUCCCUCACCGUGGCCGAUGUUCUGCUGCUGGAGCUGCUGCUCGCGCUGGAGGAGAGAUUUCCUAAACUUCUCUCCGGCUUCCCGCACCUCCAGGAUUUCAAGGGACGCCUGAGCCAGGAGCCGAACAUCAAGCGCUUCCUGCAGCCGGGCAGCCAGAGGAAGGCCAUGCCCGACCAGGUGUACGUGGACACAGUGCGCUCCGUCUACAACAUUUAACCGGGCGGCGCGUGCGGGAAAACACUGGAACCAUCGACCGCCACGGCUCCUCCGUCGCCCGCCUGGCUGCGUGCAAUCAAGGGCGAGUUAGGCUCUCGUGCUGAACAGGGCAACUGGCACGUCCGGCUCGUGAUGCGAAAGCUUUACUGCUGAGCAUUUAACAAGUCAAAGUCGUGCGGCAAACCUUCGUGCUAUUGGAAUCAAUGUGACAACACGUGGCAGAAAACAGUGCGAAUAUAAAUUAAAUGGGGUAAAUGAGACGAGGAAGAAUUGAUUACGAAAUCGAGAUCCAAAAUUGACUGUCCAUCUAAUCACAGGGGUUAGUGGAUCAUUAGAUACCUGAUUAAUGCAUACAUUAUAGUUUUGAGGCAUGUGAUACAUGAAGUUGGGCUCCAGGGUAAGCCAAGGUUCACGUUGGUUGUCACUUUGCUGUUCCAUCCUCAAAGGUCGUGCAGUGUUAAGGUACUGUUUUAAAAGAUCCUCAUCACAGAUGGCAAAAGCCCCCAGUCAACCUCAGUGGGAGGUCACUCAUCAUCCUCUACUACCUCCACAGUAUGGAAUUCCCGUCCCCCAACUGACCGUGCUGUCGACUUCCCGCUCCUGUUCAAAGUCCAGGAUCAAAAACUUCCAUAUGUUCUGCCUGUGACCGACUGCCCCACUCUCUCUACAAAAUGAACAUCGUCUUGAAAUGCCGUCGCAUUGAGUUGCCAUUUAAAUUCACAUUCCAUUGUAUCGUUCGGUGAUCUAUUAAAUUCUUUACAUUAAAUUCAAA